GCAAAAGCUUUUUGUUCUCAGAUAUCACUAAUUUGCUGACUGGGCUCUACAUAGACCCCAGUACCUAUAUAGCCAGACCAGCUGUAGCCCCCUAACUACCCCAGGGCCCUCCCUGGCAAGAGGUCACAAUGCCCCAAGCUGUCUAGUCCCAGAAUAGCUGAUCAAAGGGGGAGGAAGGGAAAAGGGCUUGGGGGGGGGUGGGUAUGUGCGAAGGGAGAAAUUCCCCAAGAUCCCAAUUCCCACCCUCUGAGGUCAUCCUCUGGUGUCUGCCAGGGCCCCAUCCUCCCCACCCUGUCCCUCUUCCAUGACUAAGGUGACCUGCCAUCCCCUCCACAUCCGUCCAUGACCUGGCUCUGUUUACCCAGACUGAAAGCCCUUAUAGAUCCAGUCCUCCUCCCUUCCCAGGGCCUAGUACUGUGGAGAGAUCAGGUAGGUCAGUGCACCCAACUAUCCCCCUGGCACUCAAGCCAGGCUCAGCUCCUGGACAGCAUCCUAAGGCUCAGGGCACUUAGGCUGACAACCAGAGAAGUCUUUACCACGGCCGGACCAGCCCUGCUGCUGCUGCUGUUGCUGAUCAGCUUCUUCGCCUUUGACCUGCUCCAUAGGCCUGCAGGUCCUAGGCUGCCGCCACACAGACUUCUCACAAGGGGCCAGAGUCAGGGGGCCGGCGAGGGUCCAAGACAGCAGGCGGCUACCCUCUUCCCAAGAGGACACCCCAGUCUCCAGGACACACUGCUCCUGCUGCUUCUGGGCCUGGGGCUGCUCUUGGGAGUCCAUAGCAUGCCCCUGGCCCUGCUGGGCCUGGCUUUCUGCCUGCAUCCUUGGGCCUGAGGACCUUCCCAAAACAUCAAAUGCUCCCUCCCCCAAUACACUGGCCACCCUACUUC